GUCAAGGGUUAACAAACAUAUAAGCUUUCACAACUAUGUAAAAUUCUAUCACAGUAUAUACAUCAUACCACCAGCUACAAAUUCGACAUUUCCAAUCAUGGCAAGGAAGUUUAUAGGGAAAUGGAUUCCUGAAAAAACAUAUGGCGAAUUAGAGGGCUUUGACGCUUUCCACGCAGCAUUAGGCAUUGAUCCAGCAAUGGUAGCAAAGUACAAAGAAAUAAAGACCUCAUUGGAAUAUACUCAAAACGAUGACUCAUGGACCGGCAUCGUCAGUGUUAAUGGCAAUGUGGUGAACACAUAUAAAUUCUCUUUCGACAAAGAAAUGGAACAACAAGGCUUAGACGGCAAACCGUACAAGUGCUAUUUAAAGAUGGAUGGUGACGUCUGGAUGGAAGACUCUUUUCCAAAAGAUGGAAGCAACAAGGGAACAACAAUACAAAGGACGGUCAGCGGUGAUAUAAUGGCAACUAAAAUAACAGCCAAUGGCACCGAACCGCCUGUCUCUAUAACGAUCCCGAGGAAACGCCAAUAGACUGUUACAAAGUAUCUGUUUCAAUAACGAUGCGUUAGUAUUGCUUCACGUAGGUUGUGGCUUACAUAUUAAAAAAUAAACGUUGUUCUGAUUGAGUUUAAUUAACCAUGGAACUGUGCUGCUAUAUCUUUCACAGUCUAUACGCCUGACUAAGUCUUGCAGACAUACGUCAUAAUGCGCGCUAGUCCAUCGCUUUAUUGUAUAUUCACCGCUUUGAUUUUUAUGUAACGGAAAUUAAAAUGUACUUAAUGAAACUGG